AUGGUGUGGAAUUCUGCUCAAUCGGACGUAUCUUCCUUUUGCUCCACUACUCACUCGCAUGCCUUGUCCUCCUCUUACUUUGCCCACCAAAAUGGGCAGAAUUACUCUCAUUUACAUCCAAUUCGGCAGCUUUCUUUGACUGCGCAAGAUGCAUUCGUGAACAAUCCAAUCAUCACUUCACAUCGUUGCGUCCAGAAUGGGUGCCGGCUCCUCUUAGUGCCUGUCAAAGAGGUGAAUUUGUUCACUGGAAACGACAUCAGCACAAUUCGCAUAUCGUUUCGCGAUGCUACACAAGACAUCUCACCCGCGUUGGUUACCAACAGAGGACGCUGGCAACUAUUCAAAAGAGGACUCGUGUUGAACGGGGUAGGCCAGUUCAUCUAUCGUCCGACAGGGCAAGUACAACUUGGCGUUUAG